GCAUUAGGAAGUGGUGAGCUGUCUGUUGACAGCUUUUUGCUCAGUAAGAUGGUGUAACAUCAUAAUAAUGGUGAGGUAUUGAUACUACGGCGGGCUGCUGCACUCCACAGUUGUGUUGUCCUCAAACGUGGUGGAAUUUAAGUUUACCUGCAGCCUGCCUGUCAGAGAUGGAUUGUGGAGAGGAAGUGCGAGUGGAAACUGCUCCAUACUGCUGCUCCACUUGUGACGGAGGGGAGGUUACUGGACACUGCCUGGUUCUACAGAACAGGAAAACCCGCAGCCUGAGCACCUCCUCAGCAGGCUGCUCUUCUGAAUACAGGAGAACACAGUCACUUCAUGGACCAAGCCCUGUGACUACAUUUGGCCCAAAGGCAUGCAUGCUUCAGAAUCCACACGCAGUGAUGCACAUUCAGGAUCCCGCCAGCCAAAGACUAACAUGGAACAAGCCACCAAGAAGUGUCCUUGUCAUCAAAAAGAUACGAGAUGCCAGUCUACUCGAGCCCUUCAAAGAGCUCUGCAUUUUCCUCACUGAGGUGAAAAACAUGGUUGUUUACGUGGAACAGAAAGUUCUUGAGGACCCAGCUAUUUCAGGCGAUGAGAACUUCGGAGUCAUUACAAAGAAAUUCUGCACUUUCAGAGAAGAUCUUGACGACAUCUCAAACCGAGUUGACUUCAUCAUCUGUCUUGGUGGAGAUGGGACUUUACUGUAUGCGUCCUCACUCUUCCAGGAGAGUGUUCCACCAGUUAUGGCCUUCCACCUGGGGUCGUUGGGCUUUUUGACACCUUUGAAGUUUGACACCUACCAGUCUCAGGUCACACAAAUUAUUGAAGGUAAUACUGCCAUUGUCCUGCGAAGUCGCUUGAAAGUCCGGGUAUUUAAAGAGAACUGGGAUAAGAAGGCCAGAGUGGAUGAGAAUGGAAUCAUCCUGACCAACGGGGACAUGGACAGUUGUCGGAAACUUCUACAGUAUCAGGUUCUUAACGAGGUGGUGGUGGACAGAGGUCCCUCCUCAUAUCUCUCCAAUGUUGACCUCUUCCUCGAUGGACACCUCAUUACGACAGUGCAGGGAGAUGGUGUGAUCGUCUCUACACCUACAGGAAGUACAGCAUAUGCAGUUGCAGCAGGUGCAUCCAUGAUCCAUCCCAACGUCCCUGCAAUUAUGAUCACUCCCAUCUGCCCACACUCGCUCUCCUUCAGACCCAUAGUGGUGCCUGCUGGAGUGGAGCUCAAGAUAAUGCUGUCCCGUGAUGCCAGAAACACAGCCUGGGUGUCAUUCGAUGGAAGGAAAAGACAAGAGAUCUGCCAUGGAGACAGUAUUACCAUCACUACUUCCUGCUUCCCCGUUCCCUCCAUUUGUUUCCGGGAUCCAGUGAACGACUGGUUUGAAAGCCUCGCCCAGUGUUUACACUGGAACGUGAGGAAGAAGCAGAACUACCUUGAAGAGGAAUUCUGAGGACUUGUCCAUGAUGUUCUCCGAGGUCCCCGGGACUCCCAAGCCUUGGUUUAAGCCC